AGACUUGAGAUGAAGGGGAGACCCAAGUGUAAGAAAACGAAAUGCAGGGGAAACCGAACCCCAGAAACAAAAUUCUCCUUCGCUUCGACCAGUGAAAAAAGAAGCAGAGUAAUUCAGCGCUCUUGUUACAGGCGGACCGGCGAAACCGUUGGCUCGCGGGUUUGUGGAUCUUCUCUUUCCGGUCCGAACCCAUGGAAGUAGCCUCUCUUGACAGCGAGCAAGUACCGGAUGGUGAGUGCAAUGAGAUCGUAACUGAUGGAGAUGGUGUUUUGACCGAAUCAGAUGUUCAAAAUGGUGUCACUGAAGGAAGAAAGGAAUUUGUUGCACCUGCAGUGGGAAUGGAGUUUGAGUCUUAUGAUGAUGCUUAUAAUUAUUACAACUGCUAUGCUAAGGAAGUGGGAUUUCGCGUUAGAGUGAAGAAUUCGUGGUUUAAGAGGAACAGCAGAGAGAAGUAUGGUGCCGUGCUUUGUUGCAGCAGCCAGGGUUUCAAAAGAAUUAAAGAUGUGAACCGUUUGAGAAAGGAAACAAGAACUGGAUGCCCUGCAAUGAUAAGGAUGAGAUUAGUGGACUCCAAAAGGUGGAGGAUACUAGAAGUUACACUUGAGCAUAACCACUUGUUAGGUGCUAAAAUGUACAAAUCAAUUAACAAGAUGGGAAGCGGAACUAAAAGGAAGUCACAGUCAAGUUCAGAUGCAGAAAAACGAACAAUUAAGUUGUACCGAGCACUUGUAAUAGAUUCAGGGGGCAAUGGGACCUCAAAUUCGAAUAUAGCAGAUGUCAGGACUUUUUCUGAUCAUCCGGAUCAGUUGAACCUUAGAAAAGGUGAUACACAAGCAAUCUAUAAUUACCUUUGCCGAAUGCAGUUGACCAAUCCUAACUUCUUUUACUUGAUGGAUUUUAAUGAUGACGGGCUGCUAAGGAAUGUGUUCUGGAUUGACGCUAGGUGCAGGGCAGCAUGUGGUUAUUUUGGUGAUGUGAUAUACUUUGACAACACAUAUUUGUCAAACAAGUAUGACAUCCCACUUGUGGCGUUUGUAGGGAUCAAUCACCAUGGCCAGGCAGUAUUGCUUGGUUGUGCUCUACUUGCUGGGGAGACGACGGAAUCUUAUACUUGGUUGUUCAAAGCUUGGCUUACAUGUGUAUCAGGACAUUCUCCACAAACAAUUAUUACUGACAGGUGCAAGGCUUUGCAGAGUGCAAUUGCAGAGGCAUUUCCAAGAUGUCAUCAUCGUUUUGGUUUAUCACACAUCAUGAAGAAGGUUCCAGAAAAACUGGGAGGGUUGCGCAACUAUGAUGCCAUCAGGAAGGCAUUGACUAAAGCAGUUUAUGAAACUCUGAAGGUGAUCGAAUUCGAAGCAGCCUGGGGGUUCAUGAUUCAGCGUUUUGGAGUCGGUGAUCAUGAGUGGCUUCGAUCUUUAUAUGAAGAACGGUUUUGGUGGGCUCCGGUUUAUUUGAAAGAGACGUUUUUUGCUGGAAUGGCGGCUGCACGUCCAGGUGAAGCCUUAAGUCCAUUUUUUGACAGAUAUGUACACAAACAAACUCCACUGAAAGAAUUUCUUGAUAAGUAUGAACUGGCUCUCCAAAAGAAGCAUAAGGACGAAGCUCUUGCAGAUAUCGAGUCAAGAAGCACGAGUCCCACAUUGAAAACAAGAUGUUCCUUUGAGUUACAGCUUUCAAAAGUUUACACUAGAGAAAUAUUCGAGAAGUUCCAAUUUGAAGUGGAGGAGAUGUAUUCUUGUCUUAGCACCACACAGUUACAUGUUGAUGGGCCAAUCAUAAUAUUCUUGGUCAAGGAGCGUGUUGUCGUUGAGGGAAGUAGGCGAGAGAUAAGAGAUUAUGAAGUCCUGUACAACAGAACAGCCGGUGAGGUUCGUUGCAUUUGCAGCUGCUUUAACUUUUACGGGUAUUUAUGUCGGCAUGCAUUGUGUGUGCUUAAUUAUAACGGGGUAGAGGAGAUCCCUUCGAAGUACAUUUUGCCGCGAUGGAAGAAGGAUUACAAGCGUUUAUAUAUUCCAGAUCAAGGGUCCAGUAAUGCUGACGCCACUGAUCGCGUGCAAUGGUUCAAUCAGUUGUAUAGAAGUGCCUUGCACAUUGUAGAGGAAGGUGUGAUUUCUCUUGACCAUUACAAAGUAGCAUUGCAAGCAUUCGAAGAGUCGUUGGAUCGGGUUCAUGUUGUAGAAGACAAGCAUGAAUAAAUUACCUGUAAUGUUAAAGGUUCGAAUUUUAUGGAAGUAGAAGGGGUAAAUGUAGGGUUAUUUUCCUCCUCUGUUCCUUAACCUGUUUAUGCAGUUGUAGAUUCACCCUUGUUUAGGAUUGUACAGUGAUUGUCAAAGCGAUUUUGCACAUA